AUGAUCAUCUCCAACGCUUCAACCUUUACCACCCACCGACCCCUCUCCACUCUCCCCAAAUGGGCCCUCAAAGGCCCACACUCCCAUGUCUGCAUGGUCUUCUCUUCCGCCGACGGCUCUCCCAGAUGGAGCCAGUGCCACCAUUUCACCGGCAGCCAAAACAGCGCCGUUCAGAAGAAACCCAGAAGCGCGGAAGAGGAGGAGAGAGAAUGUGGUGGAGGAGGAGAGAGAAGGGUGAGCUGUGAAGUGGAUAUGAUUUCUUGGCGGGAGCGGAGAGUCAAGGCCGAGAUUUCCGUCAAUGCCGACGUCGAUUCCGUCUGGAAUGCACUUACGGAUUACGAACGUCUCGCUGACUUCAUCCCCAAUCUGGUUUCCAGUGGGAGGAUUCCAUGUCCCCAUCCUGGGCGUAUUUGGCUGGAGCAGAGAGGAUUGCAGAGAGCUUUGUACUGGCAUAUCGAAGCUCGGGUUGUGUUGGACCUUCAGGAGUUUACCAAUUUGAGUGGUAAUGAUCGUGAGCUUCACUUUUCUAUGGUUGAUGGGGACUUCAAAAAGUUUGAAGGCAAAUGGUCUGUGAAAUGCGGGACAAGGUCAUCAUCAACAAUUUUAUUAUAUGAAGUGAAUGUGAUACCGAGAUUCAACUUCCCUGCCAUUUUCUUGGAGAGGAUCAUCAGAUCAGAUCUCCCUGUCAAUCUUCAGGCCUUGGCUUGUAGGUCUGAAAAGGCUUUUGAAGGGGAACAGAAGACAUCAAUAAAAGAAAGCUCCAUGCCUAGCACUUCUAAUGCCGUUACUACUUCACUCCAAACAGAUAUGGAUGGUUCUUUGCGUGAAAAGGAUUAUCCACUUUCUAGUCCUACUUCGAGUUCUUUACCCCCAGCUUCGACUGAGUUCAAUAGUAAUUGGGGUGUAUUUGGAAAAGUCUGCAGACUUGAUAGACCUUGCUUGGUGGAUGAGGUUCAUCUUCGGAGAUUCGAUGGUCUAUUGGAAAAUGGAGGCGUCCAUCGUGGUGUUGUUGCAAGUAUAACAGUAAAAGCUCCUGUUCGUGAAGUAUGGGGUGUUCUGACAGCUUACGAAAGUCUUCCUGAGAUAGUCCCGAAUUUGGCAAUCAGUCGGAUAUUGUCAAGAGAAAACAAUAAAGUCCGAAUUCUUCAGGAAGGUUGUAAGGGCUUGCUUUAUAUGGUACUUCAUGCACGUGUUGUCCUAGACUUGUGUGAACAACUUGAACAGGAGAUAACUUUUGAACAAGUUGAAGGGGACUUCGACUCAUUUCGGGGUAAAUGGGUUCUUGAGCAGCUAGGAAGUCAUCACACGCUGUUGAAGUACACUGUUGAAUCGAAAAUGCGCAAGGAUACUUUUCUCUCUGAAGCUAUCAUGGAAGAGGUUAUAUACGAAGAUCUCCCUUCAAAUUUAUGUACAAUACGAGACUACAUGGAAAAGAGGGAGGAAGCAAAGUCAUUGAAAGAAUGUGAUGAAACUAUACACGUGGAGGAACAAAAUGCUUCAUCCAGUGCCGACCAUAAUGAUGAUGGUUGUAAAACAGUAGACCAUUUUUCUGAUCCCAAUGCUCAGAGUUUAUCUACACAAAGGCCAAGGGUCCCAGGAUUGCAGAGGGAUAUUGAAGUUUUGAAAGCUGAGCUCCUGAAAUUUAUUGCAGAUCAUGGGCAGGAAGGAUUUAUGCCCAUGAGAAAGCAACUUCGUUUAAGGGGAAGAGUAGAUAUCGAGAAAGCAAUCACACGCAUGGGUGGAUUCAGAAAGAUUGCAACACUGAUGAAUCUUUCUCUUGCUUAUAAGCAUCGAAAACCGAAGGGUUACUGGGAUAAUCUUGACAAUUUGCAGGAAGAGAUUAGUCGAUUCCAGAGGAGCUGGGGAAUGGACCCUUCAUACAUGCCUAGCAGGAAGUCAUUCGAGCGUGCAGGGCGGUAUGACAUUGCGCGUGCAUUAGAAAAGUGGGGUGGUCUUCAUGAAGUUUCGCGUCUUCUCUCACUCAAUGUGAGGCACCCUAAUAGACGGCUGAACCUUGCCAGGGAUGUAAAAACUGACCAUGCUGUAUCAACUAACCUAAAGGGUGCAAAAGAUGCACCAUCCAAUCCCUAUGUAUCUCAAGAUACACAAAAGUGGAUCUCAGAAUUAAAGCAUUUGGAUAUCAACUGGGUAGAAUAG